UUAUUUAUUUAUUUACCAACUUUUCUUUUCUGGACACAGGCCUUCCUAGAGGGAAUGUGCACGAACGUGACUCAGGUCCCAUGCAAGGUGCCAUCUGUACUCAAUCCCACAACCCGUAAAGGUUGGCCACACCACCGGGGUCUAUGACCCCUACUCUUUUCGAAUGGUGAUGUGGGUUCUUUUACGUCCCACAAGAACAAAUCAUUGAAAGUGCUGUGAGACGGGACCUACGGUUUUUCGUCCUUAUCCGAGAAGACUAGAAAGUCUAACCAUUUGCAGUUGUCAUUACAAAGGCAGCACUUCCUUCUCAGUUAUUUAAAGACCCUGAGUGUUGGUGCCGUCGGGGUUUGAACCCGCGGCCUCCCGCUCGGCGGACCGGUGCUCGCCCAACUGAGCUAACCAAGUUCAACUGUUCUUCAAGUUUAUUACAGACAGAUUCCGUGUUGCCGUGCUUCUGUAUAGUAAUGGGUAACAGAUGACGUCAAAGUGUGGUAAAAACAAGAAAGUAGUACACUGACCACAGGCGAGUGUGUAAUUGAUGUUCUUACCACAUUCUGAUACCUUCUGUGAAAUAUUGCUGAAAGGACGCCCGGUAACAUGAAAUCUGGUUGUUUUAUGCAAUCAACGGAAAAGAAAAACGAAAAAUUUGCCUUCGUAAGUGUUCGAGGAUUUGUGCCAGUUAAAGGAAUUUUCCAGGUCACCAACGGUACUUUUCGUCUCCAUCGUGUGUAGCCUGUUUACAGCAUUCCUUACAUUGUAUAAAACUGCACUGUUUAAGAGUUUAAAGAUUGCAGAGAGGAAAACGUGCGAAUCUCAGUUAUUAAAACUAGUAGGUAUUUUGCACUCGAUUGCCUCUUUACUGACCUUCUCGCACCGGUUCUUCACUUUUUACCUCCUAAGGCUUUGAAGGUGGAGUUAUGGUAAGUCUCACACGGGUUAAAGAAAUUCGAAAGUAAAAACAAUUUAUUGCAGUGGGAUUUCCUUAACUUUCGCGGACUUAACAGACGUUCUUGCAGCUUCGUCAAGAGUUCCUCCCCCACAAAUGCGUGACGACUAGCACGUCUGCGUAGGAGGCUACCUGCACCUGCGAUAAACAAGUUGCAAAACGGUUUUCGCGGUUCUGUCUCAUUACGGAUAAUCAUGGUAUAUUAAUUGCUUUCGUCUGACAAACUAUGUAAAGGUAUUAUAACUGUUAUUCAAGCUUUUAAGGAAGAGGUCAUUUCUCAUAAGCUUCGAGAAUAUCGAACGUUCAGUUAUCAACUGAACUCAAUAUCUCGAGCCUCAUACUCGAUUACUUUCGACUGGGCUUGAUCGCUGAUUCACUGAAGCACCAAUUUGUGAACUAAGUCAAGUUUAUUUGUACAAUUAUCUGCCUUGACCGUUUAGAAAGCGAAUAUGAUUAACAAAUUAUCCGUUCGUUUUACAUUCUAGAUGGAAAGUGAAAAACCAGUCAGGAAUCCGCUAACCGAAACCGCAUUGUUCCGUCCACACAAAUCUAGGUCACGUGACGAAUGUAGUGAGAUUUCCAAAUGCCCAGAUUCAUGUGAACUAGACCCGCCAUUUUCGCAUCAAAACCGAUCAAGUCAAACAAACAUGACAUGCCUCAUCGCUAAAAGACUUGCAUGCUUGUCUGGUGUGGUGAUGGUCUAUACCCAUCGUGUUGCAGACCGUCGCCUGGAGACCAGGAAACCGAAGCCGGCCUGAAACCAGGUUUUAGACAGGUUCAGAGCACGUACAUCUCGUGUAAUUGAUCUCAUUUGCAUCUCCAAGCUUGAAGUUCUCCUGAACUCGUUGUGGGGGAAAAAGAGAUCAGAAGCGCGAAAAAAGGCCAGGAGAAUUGAUCGAAUGCUUGCCAUGUUGGUUUUGAAUUUGCAAGAAAUAGCAUAUAUCUAUGCUGUAGAUCUUAACUGGCCAGGUCUCGUUUAUAUAUUGUUCCUUUUACGUGAAACUAACGAUAUUGAACUAAGCCAAUGAGUGAAAAUUCUACUGAAACAAAAGAAAAUUAUUCAGAUCACCAAAGAAACCUUAACCUACAAUCAGUUCCGUAUUGGCUUGUUAAUUACCCGUCGGCUGUAAUUCAGUAUCUUUCUCGCUUCAAAAACGGAGAAGGAUAGUCAAGAGUAAAUUGUAGAAAGAAUGAAAAUACCACACAAAUUUUUAACACUUGCCGGCCCUGAAACCCCGUCCCCUCUUCUCUUUUUCCACUGCCCAUGAUUAAUUUUUCUGGUAACUUGGCUUAUUUAACACAUCAUUUAACAUUUUUUAUGUUAGAUAGCCUUUAUCCAAAAAGAUGGCGGAUCCAGAGAAUCAAGGCGCUAACCCUGACAAGGCUCCAGAGAAGCAAAGUAGUAGUGGUGGUGGACAGAUUGGUUUUAUCAUAGAGUACAUAACUUCAAUCCCUGGAAUAAUCAAAAUUGUUGAAUUUGUAAGUUCCUUUUUAAUAGUAUAUUAUAGAUCCCCCAUACCAAGAGAAAUGCCCAUACUGAUGAGGCUGACGUAAACAGCCAAGCAAUUAAGCGUUUCUUUGCGAGCUAAGUCACAGCUAUGCGCGAGUUUAACUGAGUACAAAAUUAAUUAGUUUAACUAGCUAGUGGAACAGUGUUGAUAUAAGAUAAAAUACAGCCCACGAUGUCAAACAAAAAAGCCAAAAAGAAGAGACAGAGAGAGACUGAGAGGAAGGAAAAGAAAAAGAAAAAUGUUGUAAGCUGCAAGUAAAAAGUGCUCCCUUCCAUACCUAUCUAUUCAUAAAACAUUUAAACCGUUUGAACUAUAAAAACUUUGCAGGAAAACAGAACUUGGUCUUCCAACAAUCGCAAGUUGUUUGGAUUUUAUUUUAUUUUACUAUUUAAUAUUUUUUUCAUCAAAACAAACUCAACUCCUGCCUCUCUUUCACUCUAAAACCAGGUAACCAAAGACAAAUGUAAAAUAGGGCUAAUCGUUUUAUAUAAGUUGUUACCAAAUUAAGCAACCUCACCACAUUUGUAUUUCUUGAACUAUCUUUCGACGUAAUUUUUUUUUCUUAUCCUUUUAGUUCUUUGAUGUGAAGUAUGUAAAAUAAUUCAUUUUUGAACUCAGUGCGGUAGUAGAUGAAAGUAAAGAAUGAUCAUUGCAGUAAAUUGACCUCGCUCCCAAUGUGUGGCUUCAUAGCUCAGUUGGUAGAGCAACGCACCGGCAACGCGGAGGUCACGGGUUCGAAUCCCGUUGAAGCCCUGAUUUUUUUUUUUUUCAGGCUUCUUCUUUCCAAUUGCUUAAUUUGGAAAAUUUACUGCGAUGAUCAUUCUUUACUUUCCUUCCUUUUAGUUCUUGUUGAUGAUAGCGUUUGGCUUGGCUGCCGGCUCUAAAGGUUCAUUUUCCUGGGGGCGGAUGGACUUUUUUCCCUUUGUCACCAUCACCUCGUGGGUCUUGGUUAUCGCCAUAUUUGUUCUAUUUGCCUUCAACGUGAUUUCGAUGAUCAAUGUCGAUAUUGACUGGAACUUGCCGGUAAGAGUCUCAUAUUAUGAAAAUAAUUACAUCGUUGAAUACGGUGAUAACCCAUCUCCCAGCUUGUUUAGUGUUAUCAUCUUAGUCAACUUUCCCACCAACUGGAAACAUCACCUGCUCACGGCACUUGGGACGAUAAUAGUACUAAGUUUCUGUAGCGACAUUUUGAGUGGUCCUCUGCAACUUUAAAUUUGUCACAAGAUCCCCCAUUGGUGCCAAAUUUUAAAAGACUUUUCUCAUUACAUAUUCGUUAUAAGCAACGAGUUAUAUUGCUCGAAAUUACCAAAUUGUUAAGGCCAUUUACAGUUACCUCGAGGAAGUGCCCGUAAAAAGUCCCGCAGGCGUUCAGAUAGUCGAGUGCGGUGUGAAGUCAGAGAGCGAGGGUUAAAAAAGGAAGGAAAGACGUCACACCCUCGCUGUUUUUGCUGCUCACAUCUUUUUGUGACGUCCCCACAAUCUGAACGCCUGCAACAGGCUGGUAAACAGAAUUAGCAUGCCACUGCUUUCUGCGCAUGCCCAAACUCAGGAAGGCAUAUUUUUGCGCCAGGAAUAAAAGGCAGCGUACUGUUCGUGAUGAUUUUGGUAUUCAGUUUGCCAUUUUUGGAUACCUAGUCUACCUAGUUCCCGUAAAAACCAAAACACAGCUCGUUAAACUCUGUGACUUUCUUGAAAUUGCAUUGUAGGUGAUAAUCUUCGCUGCUGUUGUGGCAGUGCUUCUUUUGAUCAGUUCAUCUCUGAUAGCUGAUGAUGCCAGGAGAUGGAACUACAUUUAUGGCGGUUAUCGCCUAUAUGGUUUUUCAGUAGAUAAGCUGAGUGCAGCAGCGGUAUGUAGGAAAAUCAAACUACAGUGAAACCUUUCCUUUGUGACACCUCUAUUAAAUGGACACCUCUAUUUAGGGGACACAAAAUCUGGGCCCGGUAAAAUGUUCACUUAAUCUUUGUAUUUGUUACCUCUGUUGAAGGGACGUACACCUAUAUUCAGGAGAAAGGGACUUUUUUACUGGGUCCCGAAACCUGGGUUUAACUUCCAUUGAGCGCAGUGGAUUCCUUAGCACUCAAAAAGUUAUUAUUGUCCACAACUGAAAUCUUUGACAAGUUUAAGUAUACACGAGUCGGCAUAAUGCAAUGGCGACAGCUUUCAAAGAAUGCACUAUCUUACUAAAAUGGAUGUAUUGCACUUGCUGGAAUUCAACACACACUGCCUCGCCGAGAUAAUUUAAUCAUGAUUUUUUAUACAUUAUCUAGCUGUUUGAAAUAAUGACUGCAGCAGAUGCUGAGGUAGAAUAGGACAAAAAUAUUUAAUUUGUUGGUUAAUUAUUAACAAACCCCAGCCCAAACUCCAUUCAGGGGACACCUCUGUUCAGGGGACACUUACCUUGGUCCGGUGGUUGUCCCCUGAAUAAAGGUUCCACUGCACAUUUUGACAUGUCAGGCUGGCUUUACGCAAAAGGGAAUGGGAGAAUGCAAAACACUAUCACCAACCUUAAAUUUUGGUACCUUGAAUGUUAAAAGCGAUACCUGGACAUGCAAACUUGGGGAUAGGGUGUUCAAAAAUCCCCGCCUCUCCAGCGUCAUAAUGACGUCAAAUUACGUCAUUGAGUCAAUCACGUUAUGCCAAGAUGGUAGAUAUGAUGAGUAAACUAUGGGUUCCUGUGUGAGUGCAUUAUUCUAUGCAAUUGUGGUGGUUGUAUCAUUUGAGCGGUUUUGAAGUUAUACAAAGGAAGGAAGGAAGCAGAAAAACGUCCGCUCAAAAUAGGGUUAAUUAGCAUUUAGCAACAAGCUGAAGUGGUUUUUAUAUUAAAAAAUAUCAUUUUAAGGCCAAGGUGGUCAUUUUGGCUAGAAAAUACGGUUUGAAAAAAUUUUUCUUAAUUCAAAACUUCUGUUCUUAAUUCAAAGUGUUAAAACACUUUGAGCGGGACGCCAUGCAAACCGAAAGCUGAGCGUUUUUUAGGGGUUAAGUCCGACUUCUAGGCUCCAUGAACUUUUCGAUGCAAGGGUUCAAAACGAUAAAAAAAAUUAUAUGUACUGAAUUAAGGUCGCAACCACCAACUCUUUUAUGCUACGCUAGGGGAAAUUGCUGAAGUGAUUCUUGUGCCUCCNUUUAUAUUAAAAAAUAUCAUUUUAAGGCCAAGGUGGUCAUUUUGGCUAGAAAAUACGGUUUGAAAAAAUUUUUCUUAAUUCAAAACUUCUGUUCUUAAUUCAAAGUGUUAAAACACUUUGAGCGGGACGCCAUGCAAACCGAAAGCUGAGCGUUUUUUAGGGGUUAAGUCCGACUUCUAGGCUCCAUGAACUUUUCGAUGCAAGGGUUCAAAACGAUAAAAAAAAUUAUAUGUACUGAAUUAAGGUCGCAACCACCAACUCUUUUAUGCUACGCUAGGGGAAAUUGCUGAAGUGAUUCUUGUGCCUCCAAGGGUUCAGUUUCUUAAGCCUUCCGUAAUUUUUAGACUGCAAUAUUGUAGGGGCCUCUGUCAGUUCCUAUGCAGAAUGUUCAUACAGACACAUGAGUUCGAAAUUUUCUGGCUUAGACUAAUGUCUUAAUUUUUUCUCCUCUAAGGCCUUUGGAUUCUUCUCCAUGGUUUUAUUCAUCAUUGAUACUGUGAUUCACUUCAUGAAAAUGCAAGGAAGGAUGUGA